UUUGCUUUGCGCCUACAUCUUUCUCUUUCUCUUUCUCUUUCUCACUGGCGUACUCGACACGCCAUCUGUGGUGUUUCCAUCGUCCCUCUCUCUCUCUCGCUCUCGAUCCGUGCGGUGCGGAUUCUUAGCAGAGUUGGAACGAGGCAAGAAACGAAUUUUUGGUCCAGUGGGCGUGAAAAAGGACUCCUUCACCAGCCAUCUCGACCUUGGUUGGGAAAUUGUCUGUUGGUCGAUGCAAUUAGUAGGUGCGUCAACGGAAGAUUGGUGUUGGUAUCUGAUUUGGAGGACGGGUGGUCGAUUCUGUUCUCGAAAUUGUUUCGCAGGGUUCGUUGGUUUCUUUGUUGAUCGUGAAGAGGCAAAGUGUCUACCUAUGCAGAAACGCAGUGCGUCCAUUAAAGAGGGAGAUGGAGACACCUUUUCUUCCUGUAGAAGUGGAAGUAGGACCGAGGUGUUCUCUCCUAGAGGAGUUCUUGAGGAAUGUCUCAGGAGUAUGGAAUCUGACACUGCCUCUUCUAAAGCUAGCACUUCUUACUUCAGCGAAUCUCGAGCUCAUGGGAACAUAACUCAUUGGCGAAACCUCCUACGUCAUGUAUUGAAGCAACGGCCCAUGAGGAGGCUGUCAACCUUCCCCCCGCUUGGGGUGCCCAAGAUGUCGAGGAAGGGCAGCAUCAGUAGUAGCCUGUCGUCCAAGGGGAACAUGGUGAACGCAUCCGAUAUCUGCCGCUUGAAGCCUACCUGGAGGAAUUUUUCACUUGCAGAGCUCCAAUCCGCGACCAAUAAUUUCUGCGCUGAGAACCUUAUAGGGAAAGGAGGCUAUGCUGAGGUCUACAAAGGGACUCUUCAUGAUGGGGAGCUGAUCGCUGUCAAGAGGUUGAUCAAAGGGACGGCCGACGAAAGAACCGCUGAUUUCUUAUCUGAGCUCGGUAUCAUUGCUCACAUCAAUCACAAGAAUGCUGCUCGUCUUGUGGGAUUUAGUGUUGAAGGCGGGAUGCACCUGGUCCUCCAAUUGUCUGCUCAUGGAAGCUUGGCGUCCCUGCUUUAUGGUACCAAAGAGGUAUUAAGUUGGGAGAUCAGGUACAAAAUUGCCUUGGGAGCAGCGAAAGGUCUUCGGUAUCUUCACGAAGGCUGCCAACGGCGUAUCAUUCAUCGAGACAUCAAGGCAUCUAACAUCUUGCUAACCGAGGACUUUGAGCCACAGAUUUCGGAUUUUGGGUUAGCGAAAUGGCUGCCUGAUCAAUGGACUCACCAUAUAGUAUCUCGAUUUGAAGGCACAUUUGGCUACUUGGCUCCGGAGUACUUCAUGCAUGGCAUUGUCGAUGAGAAGACAGACGUUUAUGCAUUGGGUGUUCUUCUACUUGAGCUCAUUACCGGUCGUCGAGCAAUUGAUGCUUCUAAGAAAAGUCUUGUUCUGUGGGCGAAGCCUUUACUUGACGCAAGCAACAUCGAGGAUCUAGCUGAUCCUUGCCUUGGGGGUUUAUAUGACCCUAAUGAGAUGAAUCAUAUGGUUUUGACCGCUUCUAUGUGCAUCCAAAACACUGCCAUCCUCCGUCCCAGCAUGAGUCAGGUUGUGCGGCUACUCAAGGGAGAAGAUAACAGCGUGAACCUUCAAAGAUCAGUUCUGUCGAGAACUUACUCGGAAGGGCUAUUUGAUGUCGAGGAGUAUGACGCGACCAUGUACUUGAAUGAUAUGAAUCGGCACAGGGAGCUCGCUCUACAAUUCUGAUGUGAAAGUAAAGUUAAUUCUGGCAAUUUCAUGCCAUCGGGCUUGUUCUUUUAAUUACCAGUCGAAAUGGAGUCCAUCGGAAUGUGGAGAGGGAUAAUUUUCAACAAAGAGACUGAGAACUCGAGGAGAUCAUGUUGCCGGAUUUUGUAAUGGUCACAAAAUCUAUACGGGAGCCACUUGUGGAAGCCAAAAUUGCUUACAACUGAUCAACGUGAGCUCGAGCUCGACUGCCUAGACAUCACUGCAUUGUGUUGACUGUUGUUUGUGAGGGCUGCUUCUAAUACAGUAUCGAAUAAGCGAUUUAACAAUUCCGGUGGUGCCUGAUCCUUAUUGCCUUUGGUGUUCUACAAGAAAAGUUCUGAUUCCCGAUUGCGCCUCUCGCUGCCUGAUAGAGACAUCUGGGGAUCGAGAUCUGGUAGAUAGAGACGUGGAAGGGUCUUGCUUUUGCCUAUAAAAUGACCCCUUUGACGGCAACCAGCGGUCGAUUGAACAAAAAAGAAACAGGAAAAAAACGAUACGUCAUACAUAGUGGGUUGAAGACAUAGUUGAAAUGAGUUUCGAUGCUGGUCGAGAUCCACUCCUGUUGUUAUUGGUCAGCUGGGGGUUUGUGUCCGGCUAGAGUACAGAGGAAUAGAAAUGUCCAGCGUUAUGUUCUGCCUGUGCCCAAAACCUGCUCUUAUCGGAGACAAAUUUGUAACCGGACAGGAUGAUCUUUUUCAGAGCAAAUGCUUGGAUAGUUCCUAAAUCUUUUGUGAUUUCGUGAUUUGAAAAAUAAAUUUGUUGGUUGUCACCACAUUUGCUGCUCAAA